GUCCAAAGAAUAAUGAUGAAAGAGAAAUUUAUGUCAAAGAUCCUGAACUUAAUCAAGUUUCUAAUAAACAUGAUCUUGCAGAUGUGAUCAUGAUGCUAAGUAUGAGACCAGCUGAAAUUGAUUGGUACGAAUCCGGUAUUGUAUUGGAUAUUGUAUUGGAUAUCGAAGGCAAAAGAGAGAAACAAAGAAAACUUUGA